AUGGUCGGACUGCCACCCAAGGAGGAGAAGGACGACUGCGGCGGGUCGAACAACUCCAGCGACGAACAGAUCCGGCUCGUUCCCUACUACGUCUUCAACUGGUACUUCCACGACAAGGAUGGCAAGGGCGCUGGGAAGGGCAAGGAUAGCCGCCGCACUGCACCGCGCCGCCCCGCCCCCUCCGCCGGCGUCGUGUCGCGUCCACCGCAGUUGUUUCCUCCACCCUAUGCCCCUAUUCAGUUCGUCGGCGACGCCGCGUCUCCGCCAGAUAUAGCCCACCUCCCCAUCUGGGAUUACAUAGCGAUGUUGAGUGAGGACGACCAGAAUGCAGUCGACCGUGGAGAGGAUUGGGUCGAAUCUGCGGCAGAUAAUUCAUGGAUUAAACCUGGGUCGACACCAAGUAAAGCAAGUGGUUCAUGGAGCCACAACAUGCCUGCUGCCAAUUCUGGUUCCGAUUCAGCUGCUGCUUCUCGUGUACCUUCUGCAGUUGGUGUAGAAGAAGAUGCAGAACCUGACGAGGCAGUGCCUACAAAUGAUGAUGAAGACGAGAUGAUGUUUCCUGAACUGGUCGAUGUAGCCAGUCAGCAAGCAGUGGAUGACAAAUAUAUGGAGGAGCCCAUCAGCCAAGCCAGGUUUGAUGACAUUGACGAUGAAGAGAAGGUGGAGAACAUGGACAGCUUAAUCGAGGAUGAAUACGAUGGUGAUGACAUGCCAACAAUUGAGUGGAACAGGGAAAAACCUGAGCUUAGUGGGUUUCUAGAUGGUUGCAGGCCCUAUUUGGCUGUAGAUGCUGCACAUUUGACUGGAAGAUGGAGAGGACAGCUAGUAGCAGCUUCUGCAAUCGAUGGACACAACUGGCUAUUCCCAGUUGCAUUUGGUGUGGUGGAGGCAGAGUCUGAGGAAAGUUGGGUCUGGUUUCUGCAGCAGUUGCGCAACAUUAUAGGCACACCCCCAGGUUUAGCUAUACACACAGAUGCUUGCAAGGGUUUAGAGAGUGCAGUGGAAAUUGUAUUCCCUGGAGUGGAGCAUAGGGAAUGUAUGCGACAUCUAGCGCAUAAUUUCAAAAAGAAGUUCAAAGGUAAAGUUUAUGAUGAGAACUUAUGGCCAGCAUCAUACACAUGCAGCAAAAGGAAGCAUGAACACCAUUUGAGAGUGUUGUAUGCUCAAAAUCCUCUUGUGAAGGAGUACAUGGAUGCACAUCAUGGUAAGGUGUGGUCAAGAAGCAAAUUCAACGAAAUCUGCAAAGUAGAUUAUGUAACCAGUAACCUUGUCGAAUGCUUCAAUUCAAAGUUCAAGUCAGUGAAAGGGCUCUUGUUGUGGCAAGCAUUUGACAAGAUGAGGCAAAUGAUCAUGAUAAAGAUGGCUCUUCGCAAAAGAAUUGCAGAAACACAAUAUGUUGGUCAUCAAAUGCUCCCAUCACUGAUUAAGGCAUUGCACUUGAAGGCAAGAGGACUGAAGAUGAAAUGUAUUCGAUCUGGUACAUAUGAGGGAGAGGUUACCUAUACUGACACUAAAAAUAGGGUAUGGAGGUAUCCUGUGAACCUAAGUACUAGAGAAUGUACUUGUAGGCAAUGGCAGAUCCGUGGGAAGCCAUGCAUACAUGCCCUACAUUUGAUGACCGUUAUCGGGGGUGCAGAUGGUGAAGUUGAUCAAGAUUGCUCUGAGUAUUUCUCUGUUGCCAAAUUUAUGGCUGCUUAUGCUGACAAUGUGCCUGCACUAUUGGGGAAAGAUCAAUGGAACAUAGUAGAUCUAGGGUUCAAACUCCACGCUCCUGUCAUUACUAGACCACCAGGAAGACCAAGGAACCAGAGGAUUAGAGCAGGUGAGGAGGGUCGUCUACCAAAGAAGCGUGCUUGCAAAAAAUGUGGAGUUCUGGGGCAUAUUGCUAGGCUUUGUACCAAUGCAGUGGAUGCAUCAUUUGGAGAGGAGGAAAGAUGGACAGCAGCCAAUGCUGAGGAGAAUGCAGCAGCAAUGGAGACUGAAGAUGCAGCGGAGAAUGCAGCAGCAAAUGAAGCAUCUUGCUCUAGGGAGAAAAGGCCAAGAGAUGAAGAAGCAGAAGAUUUUGAAACCAUGGCCUUUGAUGGUUUUGAAGCUAUAAGAGAGGAAGAGGAGGGGGUAAUUUUUCCAACUGUGCCUUUAAAGAUUAUUGAACCCAUAGAUGACCGUCAAAUGGUCGUCAAGUGCUCGGCGAGUGGAACUACUCCAUCAACACCUCCACGGGGAAAACCCCAAGUAAAGCCCAAGAUCAAAAGGAACAAGAGUCUGAAAGAAAAGAGCAUCUCAACUAGGGAAACCAGGAGCAAGACGGUGAAGCCAACUGCAAACACAAGGAGCAAGUCGAAAAUUUGAAUUAAGUUGUUGGGAAAUGUUUGUGUUGUCAAUUUGAGGGCGAGUCGAUCGCUUAAAACUUGGUAGAUUUGUAUUAAGAUGUUGGCAUCUUAAAACUUGGUAUAUUUGAGCUACUGUGAAAACUUAUCAGUUGUAAUAAUGUUGCUUCUACUUUGGUUUCUUAUUUGUGUCAGAAUUCAAAUUUCCAUCAAAAUCUGAAUUUAAAUCAAUAUUUUAAUUUGGGCCAAAAUUUGGAUUCAAGCCAAAGUUGAAGUUGAACAUUGGAGGUUCAUUGCUCUGUGCGGUGUAUUUGAUCGAGCAUUUGAAGUCCAAUAUUCGUAGGUGAAUAGUCCGAAUGAGAAAUGUGCUAGAAACAAGCUCGAAAGCUAGGGUAAACAGCCCUAUUUGAAAUCAAGUUUUUUUACCUUGCCUAAAUGAGGCAUAUAUAUUUUUAUUAACACUUGUUCCAUAUAUAUAUGGUAAAAAC